AUGGACUCCGGUGUCGAAUCUACUGGGUUGCGUGCUAAGCCCGUGGCUUACAUCUUCUCAGAAGACCUAGUCAAGAUAUCUUCACGUCUACCUUCCAAUAGAAACCGUUCUUUCCUCGUCUAUUCACUCGUUCACGCAUAUGGACUUCUGACAACAUGCAAUAGUCAAGCGCCCCAACGAUUCCUGGUUGUGCGACCACGACCUGCUGGCACGAAGGAGCUCUUGGCUUACCAUACCCAUGACUAUCUCGAAUACGCCAUGAAUCGAUCAGGUGAUGCGCAGAACCUGCUAGAAGCUUCAGAGUUUGGGCUUGAAGACGACUGCCCCAUGUUUCAUGGAAUCAAGGACUAUAUCACGCAAGUCGCAGGAGCUACGUUGACCGGAGCAGCUGUCAUCAGAAACGAUAUUUCGGACGUAGCCAUCUGCUGGGAUGGUGGAAGACAUCACGCCAAAAAAGCACGGGCUUCAGGUUUUUGUUACGUCGCUGAUUGCGUUCUCGCUAUCCUCUUCCUGAAACGAACAGUACCUUCUGCGCAUCCAUUGAAGAAACCGCGCGUGAUGUAUCUUGACCUCGACCUUCAUUUUUCAGAUGCAGUGUCACAAGCUUUCCACAAACCUGGUUCUACGACUACUGCUCAAGUUCUUACCCUAUCUAUUCAUCACACAGCUCCAGGCUUUUUCCCUAUUUCCCCCCUUGCUACCCUUCCGGACGUCGCUGAUCCGGCCUUCGAUCCUUUCACUUUAUCAGUGCCACUCAAAGCUGGUGCAUCCACCAAAACAUUCCUCCGCAUUUGGCCCAUCAUCGAACAUGUCAAGGACAUCUUUCGGCCUGAUUUCAUUCUAGUUCAGUGUGGCUUAGACGGCCUGGCGGGUGAUCCCAUGGCAACCUUCAACUGGUCUUUGGGUGGCGAAGGCUCGCUCGGCUGGUGCAUACAGCGCAUCGUUCACGAAUGGCAAGGGAAAAAAAUGUUACUCGGUGGAGGUGGUUAUAACACGCCCAAUGCUGCGCGAGCUUGGACAUAUCUCACCUCUGUGGCAGGCGGAAUUCCACUAUCCUUAGACGCUGAUAUCCCCGAGUAUUCUGGCUACCUCCACUUCAAGCCAUCGUUUACAUUGGAUGUACCCGCUGGCAACAUGCAAGAUCAGAACACGGAGGAGUACUUACGGACAAUAGAAGCCACAUAUGAAGGUAUACUGUCGGUAUUGCACUCGCGGAUGGUUUCCCCGACGCUCUAG